CCUGCAAUGAUCUCAAGCACGACAGAAGGCUUUACAUGUUCCUGCCCAUGCACUUUACCGCGUUCUGUUGCUCUUGAACCCUUCUGACGCUUCUGCUGUGCCAUUCUUUGCGAACCCUGACGCUUUCUCUCCCUUCUCCCAAGUCAUAUCGGCGUUCGUCGUCGAGUGCGCCACUGCAUUCCCCGUUCAAGCGUUCCGCGUCCCUUGCAUUGCAUCGACAUUCGAUUUGCCCUUCAUCCAACGUCCGACUCCGUUCAGAUACAUUAGCAACGACGCCUGUACUGCACCGCCAUCACCACAAAUCUUCGGCCAUCCGAGCCGAAGGACCUCGUGACUCGAAGUGAGACUGCAGCCGAUCUAGAGCAUCCAGUCCAUCUGGACGCGUCAAAACAAGGACCUGCACAUCUCCAUUUAAAGGCCUCGGACUUCAAGAGCAAGAGUGGCGCAGCAAACGACAUACACAGUCGAACGUAGCCACAUUCCGGGGGACAAGCGGGAAGGCCAAUAGCUUUCAAGCUCUGGCGUUUCUGAAGAUCAAAACACUUCUGGGUUAUAUAAGGUGGUCGUUGACAAGAGGCAUUUCUCCCGGAUCGACAACAUGACGCCAGUGGAGUCAAGACAGCAAGAAAAUGUGCUGCAACGUUGUGAUGCCCGGGGCAAGUAUGUGGCGCAUUCGGCCGCAACUGAAAGUGUAUCUUCAGUUUGCUUUGGGGAGCCGAAUGGGUAUAUGAUUGAUAUCGUCGUCGAAACAGACGGAGGAAUCAGAUACCUAGGCCGGGCUCAGCAGGACACAGGGUGUAUGCCUAGCCUGAUAAGCGAAUCAACUGCAGUUCGGGCAGAAGCCUGGGGCCUGGCCACCAUCGAUCGGAGCCAACCCAUAAAGGCCGGAGGACUUGUGGUGUUCGAAGGGAUUGUGAAGGGAGCGGAAAUCAAAGUCGAGGGUAAAGUGAGUCUGAGAUUCUCUGUAGAUGGUGCUCAUUACUACCGACACACUUUCUUGGUGGUCCCAGACGAUGAUAGAUUUGACAUGUUGCUCGGCGCAAAACUCCUCGAGAGGGGUGCCUUGGUUCCAGCAAGGCAAGAUGCCGCCAAGCCCAUGGCCGGUCGUUUGUAGAGGUUGCACAAAUAGCUUCGAAUCCUAAAAGAAGGAAUCAAGUGGCCCGAGAUGGCUGUGGUGGUGUGCUGAGCUGGCCGCCUGCCGCCAUUAGCGAUGCGGCUGAUUUGAACAAUGGGCUUUACAGGGGCAAUUUCUGAAGGUGGCUUCCGAAUAUAGUGCUGCUGUGCUGUUGGGAUGAGUCCGUUUGAGACAAUGUCAUCGAGAGCCUCUUCAACAUUGUUAUCGAUCGCCCUCUGGACUGGCGACACGCCACAAGGUUGCCCGGGUGUAGGCGACCUGGUUGGCAAUGAGUGCCGUCGUCCUCGGUCCUCUCAGCAAUUGGGCCGCGACCACGACGCUCUGGCCAAUGCCUUCACCUAUAUGCUGAAGAAUGCGAGGCAGCCUUUCGAUGGCUCUCCUAAUCCCUGCAGCACGAGAUUGAGGGUGGUCUGCAAGUGAGGCUAUGGUAAGGCAACUUUACCAGAGUCCUGAGGUUAUAAAUCGAACCCUUCUG